AUGCCCCCGGACACCCCUAGGGGGUCUGUUUCCCUUCUCCCAGUCCGCCCCUGCCUGCUGGUUGUGGUCACGUUAGUCAGUGUACUUCAGAACGCUUUCUUCGCCCUUAAAGUGGAGAAGGAGAGCAGCAGCUCCGCCUUCGAACGAGUGUGCUGCGCCAACCGGAACUGUAUGGACGCUUACUCCACCUUCCUGGCACUCAUGUGGUGUGCAGGUCUCUGUCUCAGCCAAGUUCCAGCUGCGUUCGCCGGCCUGGUGUACCUGGUGGUACGUCACAAGUACUUUGUGGGCUACAUGGGACAGAGUUGUCAAAGCACACCUUGCUUCUUGUUCGGUAAACGCGUGCUCUUUUUCAUGAUGUUGAUGUGCGUGGUGGGAAUCGUCAACUUUCUGCUGUUGCGCUUCUGCGGGAGCGACUACAAUAAAGAACUUCUGGAGACUCUCACCAAAGCUGCGACCGCUCUGCUGCUCAUCCCUUAAAGCGCAAGACAAGACCUAAUUUAAAUGACAUUCAUAUAUAGAAAGUAAAAGACAGUUGUUUAUGUAUGCAAAUUGUUUCUUAGUCCUCUAAUAAUAAUGACACAGUGUAUGGGUGAAGGGAUUUUACUAUGUCAGUUAUACCCACACACAUAGACUCGAGGUGUUAAGAAUUUUUCAAGCCAUUACAAGUGUGAUUCUUUUAUUUCAUGUUUUGAAGAGUUGCUUGUAUUUUGGAACCAAAAACUUAGUGACGAUGUGAGUACUCAAUCUAAACUAAACUAAAAGUAAUGCAUGUUGAUUGUAAAUAUUCCUAUCUGAACAUUCCUUACAAUACCAGAUAAAUAGCUGUGUUUAAUAAGUCUUUGUUUUUUUUUUUAAUUUAAUUUUUUUAUGUUGUACACGAGUCAUCGACUUCACUCUCAGUUGACGGAAAAAGGUGCGCGGGACCACUCUUUAUGGGGGCCAAUUUUUCAAAAACGUGAAAUUCUGAUGUUUUCAAAACCAAAUCCACUACAGACCUAAAACCAAAGCAGGCACCUCCUUUAGGCAUAUAUGAGUCUCCAUGAGCAGCGGCAUAAAAUAAUUCAAAACAAAAUAAAAUCCAGAUUAUUUUUUUAUUUAAGUAGAACAAAACUUAAAAUGGCUAUAAAAUUCUCUUAAUUUACGCUAGAUGCAAAAAAAAUCACCAAAUGCAAAGAUAAUCACCAAUGUUUUCAGGAUCAAUAGCAAUAUUUAACGUAUCAUAUAUGUUUUUGCUCAAAAUAGUGACUUAGUUUUUUCAUUUAAUGCAAUUAUGGCGUUUUGAAGUUUUAAACAGCUAAUAAAUCACUCAAUUUUCACAUCAGAAACGUAACACUUGAGGAAAGCAUGCAGAAUCAAUCUUAAUUUUAUUCAACGAAAACAAAAUUUGCAUUUUUCUAUAUACAAUUACAACUUAUUUCGGUUCAAUUCGGGUGUCACUAUUGCCUCAGCACGUCUUGCCGGCUAUCUGGCCCUCGUCGUUUUUUGGAUCAGAUAGAUUAGAAAUGAAAUCCCAGAAUUUUUAUAGAUAUGAUCGUGAAACAGUCUAGAUUCUUGGUUAAAAGCAAAAAAAAGAGGCAGUUAUCAUUCAUUUUACGUAAAUAUUUCAAGCUAAAGUUAGUUAUUUUUUCCGUUCAUAUAAUUUUUUGUUUCAAAGUGCAUGCAUGGUGCGAUUUUAUAUAAUAAUUACCUUGAAUCCUCGACCAAAUCACUCUUGAGACACUCCUACCUGCUUGUAUACACUAAAACUUUCGUCCUGUUUCCACCAAAAUCCGACGUUAGAACGCAGCAUGUUUAUUGCAGUAAAAGCUGCCACCACGCUAUGCGUGACCUGGCCCCUGAAGCUGUGGCACAAUGUCUGUAGGACCUGUUUCGUCAACUGCUAGUGAAGUCUGUGCACUCGUAAAUCUGUUCUUAGCUUGCUUAUAGAAGCUCCAACUGUUAGCAUUUCAUCAAAAACUAUUAAUGUGGACAGGCAAUGUUGUGAUUUGAAGUAGCUUGCAAAUGUCACUGUAUUUAUCGGAAUGCAAAAGUAUCUAAACCUUUUGGAAUUUCUCACAAUCCUGCUUAAAAUCUCCAUCAAAUGUGAUCUGAUCUUUGUCAAAAUUACACAGAUGAAAAAACAGUGUCUGCUUUAACUAAAACCACACAACCAUUUAUAUGUUUUCAUAUUUUAAUGGGGACAGUAUGCAAACAAUGACAGAAGGGGGAAAAAUAAGUAAGUGAACCAUCACAUUUAAUAUUUUGUGGAGCCCCCCUUUGGCAGCAAUAAUUUCAACCAGACGGUUCCUGUAGCUGCAGAUCAGUCUGGCACAUCGAUCAGGACUAACCAUGGCCCAUUCUUCUCUACAAAACUGCUGUAGUUCAGUCAGAUUCCUGGGUUGCUUGGCAUGAAUCACUGUCUUUAGGUCAUGCCACAGCAUCUCAAUGAGGUUCAAGUCUGGACUUUGACUUGGCCACUCCAGAACAUAUAUUUUGCUCUUCUGUAACCAUUCUGAAGUUGAUUUACACCUAUGUUUUGGAUCAUUGUAACAUCUAUCAUCUUUUUAGCUUCAACUGUCUGACAGAAGGGCCCAGGUUUUCCUGCAAAACAUCCUGAUAAACUUUUGAAUUCAUUCUUCCAUUAAUGACUGCAAGUUGUCCAGGCCCUGAGGUAGCAAAACAGCCCCAAAUCAUGAUGCUCCGCCCACCAUGCUUUACGGUUGGGAUGAGGUGUUGAUGUUGGUGAGCUGUUCAAUUUUUUCCUCCACACAUGACGUUGUGUGUUACUCCCAAACAAUUCAACUUUGGUUUCAUCAGUCCACAAAAUAAACUUUGUGGUGUACAUGUAUGUACGUCCGCACGAGAGCCCAUUAAAACACUUGAAUUCAUCUAAAGCCCCCGUAAGGGUCAAUCACUUACAGAUAACCAGUUAAGAAGUCGAAUCCUUAACAAUUUGGAUUUGCUGGUUUAACAAUUUAACAAGGAAAACAUCUGUUCCUGUAUCAGGAGGCCACUUCCUGGAAAUAUUGCCUUUUAUUUACAUUCCUCUCUACUACCACAUGAGAAAAAUUCUAUUUAGUUUUUUCAAUAUAUUAAAAAAGAUUCUUUCUGCUGGAAUGCACGUGAUAAAGUUGUUCUUAUCUUUUAAGUGACAACAAAGCACCUUUUUUUCCUCAUUUUAUUUGAACAUCUUAUAAAAACAGUAUAAAAAUGCAUCAGUGCAAAGCUUCACAUUCAUUUUACAGUACAAUGAUAAUAUAAAACUACUAGGGCCUGACUGUAUAUGCGAUAUAUGGCAAAGUGAAA